CUACAGCGUUCGAAGCGUUUUGUACGCUCUUUAAUAUGGCGGAAAGUUUGAGUUUAGACUUUCCUCUAAUCAAGCGCGAUUUGCUCCGCUCUCGCCACGAGUGCGCGCUGCGUGGACUUCGCCAGAGCGCUAAGUGGGCGUCCGAGCUCGCUUACGCACUGCGGGACAUCGAGGCGAGUCCGCCGGACCAGGCGCCGGCGGGGUCAGCUCGCGAUGACGACUUGGACGACACGUAUUUCCUCGCCAAGAGUUACCUGGACCUCAACGAGUACGACCGGGUGGCGUACUUCACGAAGAAUGCCACCGGCACGACGCGGUUUCUCCACUACUACGCGCGGUACCUGUCCGACGAGAAGAAGCGUCUCGACGACACUGUCGAGCCCAUCAUGGCCACAGACCGUGGGGCGAGCCAAGAGCUGAAGGAUUUACAGACUGAGCUGAGGGCCCUCCGACCCAAGCUUGAUGGGUUCUGUCUGUACAUCUAUGGUGUGGUGCUCAAGCGUCUUCAACUGCGGCAGCAGGCCAUCGACGUCUUCGUCGAGGCAGUGCAAGCUGAACCCCUGCACUGGGGCGCCUGGCUGGAGCUGUCGUCGCUGGUGGCCGACUGCGACCACCUGCGGAGCCUCGAAUUGCCCGACCACUGGAUGAAGAAGUUCUUCCUCGGCCACACGUACCUCGAGCUGCAGCUUAGUGAGGAAAUGCUCGAGACGUACGAGCAGCUCCAGAAGGGCCCUUUCCUGGAGAGCACCUACCUCAUGGCACAGGUUGCCAUUGCGUACCACAACAUGCGGGUUGUGGACAAGGCCAUCGAGGGCUUCCAGCAGCUGCGCAAGGCUGACCCAUUCCGGCUGGACAAUAUGGACAUCUACUCCAACCUGCUCUACGUCAAAGAACUGCGUGUUGAGCUCAGCCACCUGGCUCACAGUGUGUGCGCCAUUGACAAGUACAGGCCGGAGACCUGCUGCGUCAUCGGCAACUUCUACUCGCUGCGGGCCCAGCACGAGAAGGCUGUCCUCUACUUCGGCCGGGCGUUGCGCCUGAACCCAAACUACUUUGCAGCGUGGACGCUAAUGGGCCACGAGUACAUGGAGAUGAAAAACACCAACGCUGCCAUCCAGUCGUACCGGCAGGCCAUCGAGGUUAACCGCCGGGACUACCGGGCCUGGUACGGGCUGGGUCAGACAUAUGAGAUACUCAGGAUGCCCAAUUACUGCCUCUACUACUACAGGCAAGCGCAGGAGCUGCGACCCAAUGACUCGCGCAUGAUGGUGGCACUGGGCGAGGCCUACGAGAAGUUGGAGAAGCACCAUGAGGCCAAGAGGUGCUUCUGGCGCGCCCACUACCUCGGGGACUUUGAGGGGCUCGCCCUGUUCAAGUUGGCUCGCGUCUACGAGCGCCUCAGCGAAACCCAACAGGCCUGUGCUGCGUUCACCGACUACGUGCGGCAGGUUGACAGCCAGUGCUACCGGGCUGACCGCGAGGACUUGGCGCAUGCCUGCCGCUUCCUGGCCAGACACCACUUGACCCAGAAGGAUCUCGAUGCGGCGUACGAGUUUGCGCACAAGUGUACCGAGUUCCCGGAGACCAAGGAGGAAGCGCGCGGCCUGCUCAAGCAGGUGGCUGACGCCCGGGCACUCCUUGAGCAGGACACGGGAGGUGGGGACAUGCAGGUUGAGGAAGAAGACGAAGAGGACGACGACUCUCUCCUUACUGGUCAAGACUUGCUCAUCUGUGAGAUCGCGGAUGUGGAAGACUUCAGGACUCCUAACAAGUGAUUGCUGUUGUAGAUAGGGCCCGGGAAGGUGGGGCAUGCAGGUUGAGGAAGAGCAAGAAGCUAAUGAUGACUUUCGCCUUGACAAGAGUCGCCCAUCAGCAAAAUCACAGAUGUGGUAGGCUUUAGCAGUCUUAACAAGUGAUCGCUGUUGUAACCUAUUGAAGCACUUGCUACCCUUUUGCCUAAAGGGUGGUGCAAACAACAGGUGAUGCAUCAGUGAAACCUCACUGACUGUUGGUAUGUUGUGAUGAUGAGAAGGUUUGGGCUUCUGAUUUGUAUACUGAAGACAAUGGUGAUAUGAAAGGAAGCUCUUGUCUGGCUAGAGGAUUGACGACCUGCUUCGUCAUGGGUGGUAAUGUCGCAGUUCCCAUUCAGGUGAAUUACCGCAGUGAAUGAAUGUGGCUUCUUUCAUUGCAUGUGUUAAUAAGGCUAUUGCUGCAGUUGGAGUUGGAUUGGCAAAUCUUUGCCAGGUGGAAAGCUUCAGAGCAUUCCUGAACCCUGACAUUGACAGCAGUGAAGUACAGGCUACAGAACAAGGAGGUGACAAGUGCAAUGAUUAGCCAUUGGGCGAACGAAACUCUUGAAACUUGGGUGAGGGUGAGGGACCUGCGACAAGUGGCCGUUGCCAUAAAUCGCUGUUUCUUUUGCAUACCACAGAUUCGAAGGACUUGUUAAGCGCAGGGUCAGUUUGCAACGAACUCUUAGCUUCCAAUGUGAAAUUAGGAUAUAUCCGGAAAGCAUAUCUGCUGGCAUGCACAUUUCCUUCAAUUGUUAUAGCUUCACAAACAUCAGCUCGCCCAUAAAAUCCAUGUUUCUGUGUCGCAUGGGAUGAUGAAACACUAUGUCACAAUGUUCCUGGAUGAGGACUGCAGUAUUGGAACACAUGAAAUGAGGAGCAGGAAAAUGAAAUGGCUAAUGAUCCAGGCACAUUUCUUUGAGGUUACAAACCUAAAAGAUAAGUGACAACAAGAUAUGGAUUAUCAUUAAAAAUGACUGUGUCAAUAUGUCAAA